AUGGUGGAAUCGUGUCUCACAGAGGAUGUUUUAAAGGCGUGGCAAAGGAGUUCGCUCUUUAACCAGCCUGAAGGAACUGAUCUUUCUCGCCUUACCAACUUAAUGAAAUUUUUAAAGUCUGAAGUGGAGGGUGAGGAGAGAUUAAAAUUGGCGCGUAAUGGACUCGAUGGUGUUAGUCGUAAAGAAGGAUAUCAUGAUAAAGCAAAGAGGGAAACAAAAGUGACAUCCGUAAGUACCGAAUGCUUCAUUCAAGCGUUUCGUCGGUUCAUAGCCAGAAGAGGUCGGCCAUCUACAGUUUAUUCAGACAACGGCACAAAUUUCGUCGGUACAUCUGCAUUGCUGAAAAAGGUUGACUGGGUAAAGGUAAUUGCUCAGGAAACUUUGCAUCCCAUCACUUGGAAGUUCAUUCCGCCCACUGCUGCUUGGUGGGGCGGAUGGUGGGAGCGUCUAAUCCGCACAGCCAAGAAUUUGAUUGUGAGAGUCUUAGGACAAGCUGCAGUCAAUUACGAAGAGUUACUCACCGUCAUCUGUGAUGUGGAAGCCGACAUUAAGGUUUCAGGUACAGCAGAUUUGGAUGCUUUAGAUCGAAAUAAACUCUUGGCUCGUCAGCGUUUCUGCCAGGAACUUCGAGAACAAUUUCGUAGCCGUUUCCGCAAGGAGUACCUUGGACAGUUAGUACAAAAGCAUGGACAGACGGACUGUGAAUUAAAAGUUGGAGACAUCGUGCUAAUAGGUUGUGAGAACCUUAAAAGAGUGAACUGGCCAAUUGCUCGUGUCCAAGAACUUUGUACAAGCAGAGAUGGACGUGUAAGAGUUGUAAAAGUGAAAACUAGAAAUGGCAUACUGAUUCGUCCUGUACGUAAACUGUACCCUCUAGAAGUGUGUUCCUGUACUAAGGAUACCAUUAUUUGA